AUGUCAUCGGACAAUUGCGCCGACUACACGCUUCACUACUUUACCUUCUCACUGUACUCACUCAUGGUGCGGUUCGCACUUGGAUUGGGGAGACAGCUAAACAGCGAUAAUGCGCCACAGGUGCAAUUGAAGUUCGUCAAUCUUCAGGCGCAGGAGAACCUUGGCGAGAAGUAUCUCACUACGGUCAACUCGAGAGGACAGGUGCCUUCUCUGACCUCACCGUUGCUUCCCUCAGGAUUGAGUGACAGCCAACAAAUCGCAAAGUGGCUAUGCGACAAGCAACCCGAGCUAGUUCCCGCCGCUCACAAGGAAACCAUUGACAGUUUGAUGGAGAAGCUGUAUCGCUUUCAUUUCAAGGCGCUGAACAUACCGCCAGAAGCAGCGGCCAAUGGCUUUCCAAACGUUGCAGCUGCCAUGCUUGAAGACUCUAGCAUUUCAGAGAAGCACCGCAGGGCUCUAGAGAUCAAAUCCAUCUUUCACGACACUCUUCACAGCAGGACGAUAGAGCUUGAGCACAUUGAGCAGGUAGAGACUCACGUCUCUGAGCUCAUGGCGGAGCUGGCGGUUGUCAUCGAGGAGCACAGAACAGAAGGGUCGCGGUGGAUAUUCGGACAGCAGCCGACAAUUCUCGAUGCAUAUGCGUCGGCGCUGAUCAUCCGGCUGCUGGACAACAAGCGACUGGAACUUCUCCCCCUUGCUGUUCAGGCGUAUGGCAAGGCCGUUCAGCAAUCAGACGAGUGGAAUCAAGUGACUCACGGCCGCCCUACAGUGUACGAGGCAUCGAUGGGCCCUGCGGCCGAACUGGAUCCCAAGUAG